AUGGCCCAGGAGCUAUCAGAGCAUAUGUACAAACGUUUCAAGUUGCCAGUUCAUUCAUUCACCUAUGGAGAUGGCAUGACUGGGUCUAAGAGGAUCAAAUCAGCCCUUGCUACGUUUCUCAACCGACAUCUGCAGCCUGCAAGCACCCUAAAGCCAGCACACUUUACAAUCACAAAUGGCUGCAGUUCUGCCGUUGAACACAUCGCCUGGGCCAUAGCCAAUCCUGGUGAUGCCUUUUUGCUGGGACGGCCUUACUACAAUACCUUUGUCCCAGACCUGGUUUUGAGAACUGGUUGUAAGGUCAUUCCAGUGGACUUUGGGCUUAUCGACCCCCUGGCCCCUGAGGCAGUCGACCACUAUAAGCGUGCCCUCGAAAAGGCAGCUAUGGGGUGCCAGCGAGUCGCAGGGCUUAUUAUAUCAAACCCACACAAUCCCCUCGGCAGAUGUUAUUCUCGCGACAGCCUGCUCAACCUCAUGAGUUUCUGCUCCGAGAAUGACAUGCACUUCAUUAGCGACGAAAUCUACGCCUUGUCGGUGUGGGAAAAUAAGGUGGACCAGGGACCUGAACCAGCGCCUUUCACUUCAUGCCUGUCACUCACCUCAACUGACUUAACACCCGACCGAAUCCAUACAAUUUGGGGCAUGUCGAAGGACUUCGGCGCGAACGGGCUGCGGAUCGGGGCUAUCAUCUCCCAGUCCAAUCCGUCUCUGCAUAAAGCAUUAGUGGCUGUAGCUCUUUACAGCUCUCCAUCUUCUGCAUCGGAUCACAUCGCAGCCAACAUUCUCGAAGAUGACAAGUGGUCAGACAUGUUCAUCCAGACGAACAGGACAAGGCUAGCCGACAGGUACGGGCUUGUCGCGCGCUGGGCGAAGGCCCAUGGCAUCCCCUACACAACCGGCGCGAACGCGGCUUUCUUCCUCUGGGCUGAUCUUGGGAGUGUUUGGAAAAGGCACAAUCCUGGAACUGUCAAAGACGAGGACCUGGAUGACUUCUUGAUGAAGCUCUUUUUGAAACACAAGGUAUAUGUUUCUUCGGGAAAAGACUUUGGUUCCGAGAGUGUUGGGUGGUUCCGUAUUGUGUUCUCUCAGGAUGAAAUUCAGCUGCUUACUGGCCUGGAAAGAGUCGCUGCUGCACUAAACUCCGGUGAAACAGCCAAACUAUAA